AUGGAUAGGCGCCUCAACGGACUCACCGUUCCGUCGAGCUCCAACGGCGGCACUGCCGCUGUAAGAUCUUCAUCUCCGACGCUGCAACCAAACUACAGUAGCCGAUUAGUUCAGGAAACAUUGGAACACUUGGCAUCCAUUGAUCUGAUUGAGUUGUGCAAAGAAGCCAAAGUUGAGCGCUGCCGAGCAACUCGAGACUUGAGAAGUUGUGGUCGCUAUGUCCACCAUGUCUUGAAUUCGUGUGGGCAUGCCUCUUUAUGUGAAGAGUGUAGUCAACGGUGUGAUAUCUGUCCAAUUUGUAGAAUCCCAAUUUCAAAAAGUGGUGCUAAACUGCAUCUCCGACUUUAUUAUGAGUGCAUAGAAGCUGGCCUUAUUUCAAAAAGGUUUGAUGAGAGAUUUCAGGAAAUAGAAGACGGGGAGAAACAACUAACUGCUGAUGUCCAGCACCUUUAUUCUUUGUUUGAUGUUGCACUUGAGAAUAACUUGGUUUCUUUAAUUUGCCACUACAUCACAGAUGUGUGUAUGGAUGAAACUGCUGUUUCCAGUGAUCCUGUCAUAGCAUUUUUGUUGGAUGAAGUGGUAGUGAAGGAUUGGUGCAAGAGGACGUUCAGAAACAUCAUUACUGAACUGCAGGGAAUUUAUAAUAUGGAUGUUUUAGUCAUGAAAGAGAGAUUGAGUUUACUUUUGAAAUUUUCAUUAUACUUGAAAGGUGUAUCAAAUGUGCUAGACAUUUUGGAGUCAUCUUUUAAGGGUACUCUUUCAGCACAACUUCAUGAUUUGCACCAUCUCCAAGAGAGCAUCUUAAAGACAAAGCAGCAUAUGGAUAUUAUUAUUUGGUGUACAAGACAUCAAUUUUUGGAGGGUGUGAGAUCAGGUUUUACAGAUAGUUCAUCAUGGUCAUCUGUUGUUCGGAUGCGGAAAUCAGAAGCAAUAAGACGAGCUUGGCCUGAUGCAAUAAAUCAGUCUAUGGAGUCAUCAGGAGAUGAAGGGACUCUAUUUAUUGAAGAUGCAUUGAAUAAUCUUGAUCUGGAGGAGGGUUUUACGAAUGAAAUUGUGGAAGGAUUAGAAAUUGCAUCCUUGCAGAAGGAUGGUGCAUCAUUUUUGGGGUCAAAUACUGACCAGAUGCUGGGAUACUAUCCCUUUAAAAAUCUUCGUUCUGCUGCUGACUUGCUCUUUUUACAUGGAGGCUCUGAUACGGUGAUUGCAAAACAGGCCAUUUUUCUGUAUUAUUUGUAUGAUCGCCACUGGACAAUUCCUGAAGAAGAAUGGAGAUACAUACUGGAAGACUUUGCAGCUACAUUUAGUAUUAGCAGGCACUCAUUACUUGAGUCUUUGACUUUUUAUCUUUUGGAUGAUCACACAGAGGAGGCUUUACAGGAAGCUUGUCGCCUUCUUCCUGAAAUAACUGGCCCAACAGCACAUCCUAAAAUUGCUGAAGUAAUGUUAGAAAGGGGUAGCCCCGAUAUGGCUCUCAUGGUUUUGAGGUGGGCUGGGCGUGACGGUGGACCACAUAUGACUUCACUCAGGGAUGCUGUCACUGCAGUGCGGGUGAGGGUUGAGUGUGGGCUUCUGACAGAGGCAUUUAUGCAUCAGAGGAUUCUCUCCACCAGAGUGAAGGAAAAAAAAUUGAAUAAAAGAGCGUCUGGGGAAGCUUCUGAGAAACUAAAUGAUCAAUGUAGUAAUUGGGUUGAGGUCCUGGUGACUGAGAUUUGUUGCCUCUGUAUUAGGAGGAACUUGGUGGAUCGAAUGGUAGAAUUGCCAUGGAAUUCUGAGGAAGAGGUGUACAUACAUAAAUGUCUUUUUGAUUAUGCUAUUGAAGACCCAAUAAGGACAGCUGGAAAUCUACUCGUGGUGUUUUAUUUUCAGCGCCACAGAUACUUGGAAGCAUAUCAAGUUCAUAUUAAACUUGAAAAGGUGGAGCAGGACUGCAUUUCAAAAGGUUCUGUAAGUCAAGAAUUUCUGCCAAAAUUAGAAAAGGCUAUUCACUGGAGAACUAAUUUAAUUAAUAGAUGCUUGGAGUUGUUGCCAGAAGUUGAGCAGCAGCAACUGAGGAGUGGAAACUUGACUGAGGGUGCUGUGAGUUCUCGUGAAGAAGUUGAAAUUCCUGACAAAUUUGAUAUUCCUCAGAUUCCGGAUUCCUUGUCGACCAGUUUAUUGAUUCCUUCAUCUGCAAAUUCUUCCUUGUUGCAUAGAGACCAUCCAACUGGUUUGUUGAGUUCAUCGACUUUAGGAACUUCAGCAAAAAUAGGUAUGUCUUUCCCCAUUACUGGCCCUGAGCUUGGUAAGUUUGGUUCAUCGUCUUAUCAUGAUGGGUUAUUUACCAAUAAUGAGAGGGUUCUAAGUCAUCAAGGUAAAAUUGGCAAAAAUCUUAGAUUUGAUAACACUCCUACACCAAUGAAGCAUGGGAUCCAUUUCAUGAAUGGUUCACCUCUCAAGGGAUUUAAGAGGACAUCACCAAGCAAUUCCCAGGAAAAUAUGCCAGACAAAACCUCUCCUGGAGUUGAACGAAAUCUACUCUUUGGCCAUAAUCAAACUACUACCAGAGGUCCUAUGUACUCGUGGAAGGCUACAAACCAUGUUAUUAGAUCCACACUUAGCUAUCCUAAAGAAUUUGCAAAUGAUCUCCCAAAUAUAUCUAGCAGGAAUGUCCAAUCACAUAAAGAUGAUAGAAGUUGGAACAUGGGGUCCACUAAUGAUCCAAUGGAUGUUUCUCAGGGCCUUUUAGAGAAGAAAUUAAAUGCUGAAGAAAACAUCAAUGGUGGACCUAGAUGGAGAUCUGAUGAAGCGAGUGAUGAGGAAGAUGAUCUGGAUCGAGGAAGAGCUAUGGAUAUAGCUUAUUAUGCAACUCCUCCAACACGGACAAGACGAAGCAGAGUUGUCAGGAGAUGA